GCCGGGCCCCGCGGCGCUAGCCCUGACUGCAGCUGAGGGGCCGCAGGGGCGCUCUCUCCGCAGGCGUUAACCCGGCCCCCCGCCGUCUGACUCGCCCCGUCGGGGAGGAGCCGCCGCCGCCGCCGGCUCGGCCACGUUCCAGCCUCAGGUUAAAUGGAAUCCACCUCUGGGAGCUGGGUGAUCUGUACUGACAGAGACUCAUCAUAGCAGCUCCACCACAUCUGGAGAUUGCAAUGAGUGGGGGAGGGGAGCAGCCAGACAUCCUCAGUGUGGGAAUCUUGGUCAAAGAAAGAUGGAAAGUGCUGAGGAAGAUAGGAGGUGGGGGGUUUGGAGAAAUUUAUGAUGCUCUGGACUUGCUCACCCGGGAAAAUGUUGCACUAAAGGUCGAGUCAGCUCAGCAACCAAAGCAAGUCCUGAAAAUGGAAGUGGCUGUUUUGAAGAAACUGCAAGGGAAAGACCAUGUCUGUAGAUUCAUUGGCUGUGGAAGGAAUGACAGAUUUAACUAUGUAGUCAUGCAGCUGCAGGGUCGGAAUUUGGCAGAUCUGCGUCGGAGCCAGUCUCGAGGGACCUUCACCAUCAGUACCACCCUGCGCCUGGGAAAGCAGAUUCUUGAGUCCAUUGAGAGCAUUCACUCUGUGGGAUUCCUGCACAGAGACAUUAAACCAUCAAACUUUGCUAUGGGACGUUUCCCUAGCACGUGUAGGAAGUGCUACAUGCUGGAUUUUGGCUUGGCACGACAGUUUACAAAUUCAUGUGGGGAUGUCAGACCGCCACGAGCUGUUGCGGGUUUUCGAGGAACAGUACGAUAUGCAUCAAUCAAUGCUCACAGAAACAGAGAAAUGGGAAGGCAUGAUGACCUCUGGUCCCUGUUUUACAUGUUGGUAGAGUUUGUGGUUGGACAGCUGCCUUGGAGAAAAAUAAAAGACAAGGAGCAAGUGGGCUCCAUAAAAGAGAGGUAUGACCACAGGCUCAUGUUGAAACAUCUCCCCCAAGAAUUCAACAUCUUUCUAGAUCACAUCUCCAAUUUAGAUUACUGUACAAAACCCGAUUACCAGCUUCUCAUGUCUGUGUUUGACAACAGUAUGAAAACUUCUGGUGUCAUUGAAAGUGACCCUUUUGACUGGGAGAAGAGUGGAACUGAUGGCUCUCUGACGACGACAACAACAUCAACAACUCCUCAGUUACAUACUCGCCUGACCCCAGCUGCAAUUGGAAUAGCCAAUGCCACACCUAUCCCAGGAGAUUUGCUGCGAGAGAACACGGAUGAGGUGUUUCCAGAUGAGCAGCUCAGUGAUGGGGAGAAUGGUAUUCCUGUUGGAGUCUCACCAGAGAAACUGCCUGGGUCCCCUGGGCAUCAACGUCCUCAGGAAAAAGAUGUCUGGGAGGAGAUGGAUGCCAACAGAAACAAAAUAAAGCUGGGGAUCUGUAAGGCUUCUACAGAGGAGGAAAACAGCCAUGGACCAGUGAACGGAAUGCUUAAUGCACCAAGCCUUGGUUCUCCAGUUCGAGUCCGCUCAGAGACCACCCAGCCAGACAGGGAUGUCCCACUGAUGAGAAAGUUACGUUCAAUCCACAGCUUCGAACUGGAGAAACGCCUGACCUUAGAGUCAAAGCCAGACACUGAUAAAUUUCUUGAGACCUGCUUGCAGAAGAUGCAGAAAGAUUCAAAUGCUGGGAAAGAAACUGCUGUUGCUGCGCCUCCUGUUCCUCAGAAAAUAUCUGUUCCUGCUGUGGCUGCCCGCGCUGACCGUGUCUGGCAUUAUGAUGAAGAAUAUCUUCCUGAUGCUUCUAAGCCUGCUUCAGCCAGUUCUCCAGAACAAGUUGAUGGCAUUGUUAGUAAUGACUUUGUGGCUGUCAACUUAAGCUCCUGCCGGCAGGAGGUUGAUUCCAAGGAAUGGGUGAUAGUGGAUAAGGAACAGGAUUUCAGGACCAAUGGGGCUUUAGUACAUAAAACAACUGGAAGUCCCUCAGAUGAGGAGCCUGAGGUGCUACAAGUCCUAGAGGAAUCCCCCCAAGAAGAACAACUAAGACUGAGUACUUGGGCAGAAAACAACGUCCAUGCCAAGAAUGAAGCCUUAGGUGUGGGGUUAGAUCUACCUGUUGAUCAUGCUACUGCUGCUUCUGAACAAUUUUCAGAUAAAUUAGAAUUUAUGGCUGGAGUUGCUGGCCAGCUUCUUGCAGCCACACCUUCAAGUCCAAUGGAGGCCCAAGCAGAAGGAGCCCUCACUCUGCUCAACUCAUCUCACAUGCUGCAUUUCUCCACUCCGAGAAUUUCAAGUCCCAUCCUCCGCACCCUGAGCCCUAUUGCCCAUCUAUCCUCCCACUCGGACCCUAAGAAAGAGGCUGGGUUACCCAGGAGUCAAUCAGCAGAGAGCCAUUCCUCCUCUUCCCGCUCAACUGGCCGUAGGAAACUUCCUGUCAUUCCCAGUGGCAACAAGUUUCCCCCUGUCAUUCGCAUCUCAAAAGCACAACUCCAACAGAUAACAGUACCCAGACCAUCAGUGGCAUCCACCCAAUCUGCCUCUGAGAGCUUUCAUUAUGGCCACCAGCUAGAGAAGAGGGACAGAAACACUCAUCCUAUGGAAUACACUGUGGAAUUUUCCUCUCCUAAGGAGAAUUUGCCUGGAUUGGUAGUGACAGAGGAUGCACUUCCCACUAGUACCAGCAGAACAGAUCUGGUACUUCAAUUAAAUCAUAUCAGCCAUGAGGUGCUUGAGAGGGAAUGGCACGUCAAAGAAUGUGUCAGACUCAUAGACUGUGGCCAAAAGGACCUACUUGAACAAUGUAGCAGUAGGGAGGAAGAAAAAGAACCUGGAAAUCUCGCUGUAGAAACUGAAGAAGGAAGGCUUCCAGUGGUUUCUGAGGAUGCCCUAAAAAUGUCUCACAAAGGGCAGAGUUGUUCUCCACCAGGGAGCUCAAAAUUAGUGGAGGGGAAACCUCCAGCUGCUAUUGAAUCUACUGAUGAAUCACAGCCAAGGACUUCCUGCUUGGUGCCAAAUUCAGAUGCAAACUAUGAGGUACUGAAGUCAGCAGCAGCUGAGACAUCAGAGGUUUCACCAUCAAGAGUCAUAGACCUAUUUGCUGAUAGACCGGAACAUCAGAUAGUAGUAGUGCAGGAAAAUGGUUUCCAUGAUAAUGAAGAAAUUGAUUAUAGUGAAGACUUGGAAUGCCACCAGAUGGACCUUGCUACAUUUUUUCACCAGGAGGACAAAAGAGAGAAAAAUGCCCCCAGAAAUGGAGAGCUGUUCCAUUGUAUUUCCGAGAAUGAGAGUUCUCAUCAAUCUAAGAAAGACAUGGUUAGGUCACCCUUUGUAGUCAGACAAAGUCGCAUACCAGUUUUAGCACAAGAAAUAGACUUGACAUCAGAGUCCACUUCUCCUGUUUCAGCAAAGGAAAAGCUUCUUCUAAAGAAGGCCCAUCAGACAGAUUUGGUCAGGCUACUUGUGGAAAAGAGACAGCUCAAGUCUUUCCUUGGUGAUCUCUCAAGUGCCUCUGACAAGUCACUGGAGGAAAAAGUGGCUGCUGCUCCUGUACCAUUUUCAGAGGAUGACGUCUUAUCCUCCUUUUCCAGAUUGACACUGGACACUCAUUUGGGCAAACAAUCUGAGGAUGGCUCUUUGUCACCAAGCAGCUCUCAGUCCAGAAAGAGCAAGAUUCCAAGGCUAGUAUCCUGGGCUACCACUGAUCAAGUCACCAGUUCAACCUCAGCUCAAUUCUUUCCUCGUCCACCCCCAGGAAAACCACCAACUAGGCCUGGGGUAGAAGCCAGAUUACGCAGGUACAGAGUUCUAGGGAGCAGCAACUCAGACUCAGACCUCAUCUCUCGUCUGGCUCAAAUCCUUCAGAAUGGAUCUCAAAAGCCAAGGAGCUCCACCCAGUGUAAGAGUCCAGGAUCGCCACAUAGCCCAAAAACGCCACCUAAAAGCCCUGUCAUCCCUCGACGCAGCCCCAGUGCCUCCCCUAGGAGCUCUUCCUUACCCCGUACAGCCAGUUCUUCACCAUCCCGGGCUGGACGGCCCCACCAUGACCAGAAGAGUUCAUCCCCACACCUUGGGAGGAGUAAAUCGCCUCCUAGCCAUUCAGGCUCCUCAUCCUCUAGGAGGUCCUGCCAACAAGAGCACUUCUGCAGCAAACCAAGCAAGAAUGGUCUAAAAGGAUCCAACAGCUCCUGCCACCACUCCCCAAACACUAAAACCCCCACAGGAAAGAGCAAAUCGGCUAGUAAACUUAGCAGAUAGGAACUGAGCCUUGACAGGUGUAAAAGCCUUCUUGUAAUUUGAUGCAUGUUGUGUCUGUGUACUGUGUAUUUAAACAAACCCCCCCCUCAAAAAAAAAAAACAAAAAUAUCAGUGUUGAAUCCUCACUUUCAAAAGAAAGUAAACAUAUGAUAAUUUAUUUGACAAGUCCAUAGUGUGUAAAUGAGUGGCCAGGCAUUGCCUAAUGACAGGCAGCAAGCAGAUCAGGGAGGGUGGUAGAGGCCAGAGAAGGACAGUCAAAGCUGUGUGGAACAUUUGAAGUUAAAAUUAUCUCUAAAGUGAGUGUUUUAAUAGGGUUUUUUAUUUAUUUAUGGUUUUUAUGUUGUAUACUUAGGAGAUUUGGCCUAAUUAUUUAAGGCCUUUCUCAAAGAAUAUGUCAUAGAACCUGAAACAUCCAGUUUUAUUUCCACAAUGACACCACCACCUCUGAGACAGGUACUGCUCAGGCAUUUAUUUGUAGAAUUUUAAAUAAGUACAUUAUUUGGAAGAUGAUAUUUCUAAUUUGUGAGUCUUUUCAGUGUCAGGCUGUGAACAUCUCUUUCUGAGUCAUUCAGUGUCCAUCCCAUCCACUGCCCCCCCCAAUGGCACAGAUUCCUCUGUCUAAAAAAAUUACACACUUCACCUGUUCUGUACACUGAUGACAUUUUAAAAAUAAGUUUUAACGUUUUCUGAGUUUUAUAGUGAUAUUUUGCAGGGCAUUUGUCUUUUGUUAGUAUCCAAGAACCUUUAAACAUCAGUCAUGUUGCUUUUUUCCUUCUGGAUCCAUGGUUCUCCCCUCCAGGCCUGUAUUAUGUACAUUCUGGAGACAGUGAUUCCAAUCUGAAUUAUGGGAGAAAGAAGGAAGAGUCUUCAGGCUAGAGGGUUGUUGCAGACUUACCAUAUACUGCUGUGUGUAUUUGGUCAGAAGUAUGUAAACCUAUUUGUCUGAAAGUUUGUCUGAGUGCAAAAGAGAGCCUUUGUUACAACAAUCAUUAGCUAUGGACCACUUAAACCCUUAUUGACCUUAUUCACAAUGGUGCUGUCUUGACAUUAAACCCAAGAUGGCAAAGCUGAGAAGGAGUAGAGAGAACUACAAACUCAGAUUCAUUUUUUACCUUGGAAUUUAGCUUAAGUCUAGAAGACGAACUGUAUGUGUGUUCUCCGUGCUGAAAGUUGAGUGCAGAGCCUAUACACUUGCUAGGUUAUAGACAUGAGGAAUAAAGGCCUUCAUCCCCACUUCCUACAGAAUCUGAAUGAGAAUAUUUGGCAAUAUAACCAGAAAGAAAACAAAUCUCAGACAACUUCCCUGUUGGGAUUUUUGUCUUCCCUUUUGACCAAAUUUCUCUUAGGGAAGCCAGACUCCUUCUCUGUGAAUAAAGUCCAUGGUGCCUAUUUUCCCCAAACAAUUUCCUUUAGUACUCACUUAAUAUGCUGUAGAGGAUCAUUGUAGGACACUUUAGGGGUACGGCAGCUUUUACUAAUGUUCAGAAAUGGACAGUGAAUCAGAAUAGUUUAAAACACGGGAGUACAAGUCUGAAAGGGAUACAUUAGCAUCCCGAAUGCUACCUGUCCCAGGGGUGCUGGAUGUGUGGAAGCACUGUCAGUUACUGAUCUGCUUGCUGUAGUCGUAUGCCUUUCUAGCCAGCAUCUGUGCUUUUUAUUUAACCUCUGUUUGCUGCCAAACUCUAGUACCUUUGGAUUGAAAAGGAAAUAUUUCCUCUCUGAGCUAACACAUUUCUAAUGCUGCAUCACAGCUGCCCUGGAGCUGCACUGAAUUUCACUUGUUCUGUCAGAGUGUGUUGGGAUUUUCUUUUUCCUCCUGUGCAUACUGUUUUCCAUAAGUAAUGUAGCACAGUGUAGAACCUUAGUUCAAUUCAGGUUCAAGCACUGCAGUGGAAUGCAAUAGGUAGGGCAUACCUGCUCUUUCUGAAGAAACUAUACCAUUGGAAAGGCUUAUUCCUUUGUAUUAUAUUGUAUUAUAGGUACUAUACUAAUGAUUGCAUGUCCUCAUGGUAAAUUAUAUAAUAUAAAUAUUUAUAUAUAUAUAUAUAUACAUAUGCUUAUAUAAAUUCACUUACUCUUUCUCAUUCUCCAUUUGUAAUUUAUGGACCACAGAUGAUGCAGUUCUUUUUCUGUUGCGUGUUCUCUUGGCGUUGCAUCUCUCAUUUCCUGAAAAUAGUUUCCUGGCAUCCACAAAGUCAAAUAGCCUUCAUGCCUCAGUACAGGGCUGAAGGGUUGGUGAUGUGUCAGGAAGCCAGUGUUUUGUGUCUCAGCCUUUUCCUUUUAUUUAUAUUUUUUGUGUGUUUGUCUGUUUGCGUGUGAAACAGGAGCACAGACUCAGAGGUACUGUAUCUUUGAUUAUAAGAUAGGAUUUGUAAUUACUGUUUUUUCAUUUCACAAUGUGCAUUUUUAAGCUGCAACAUUGCUCAUGAUACAAUAGCAGUGACAGUUAAUGAAUACCUAAUAGAUGACUAUGACAAAAAAAAUCAAACCCUGUCUUUUCCUUUUUGAUUUCCUUACCUGUCACCUUGCAGUAUACACUAAUGAGAGUUGGAUCCCAUUGUAGACAUCUCUCCCCAAGGCUCUGCUGAUACUGUCUCUUAAGGCAGUGUGGCAGCUUAUGAUAAUUUUUCAUUCCCAAUUUUCUGAGGAGCAUUCACUUUGGUCUUUGAAUUAAGUCCUAUAUGAGUGAGGUGUUGGGAGUUUUGGCAUUAACUUCAGUGGGGGCAGGUUUGGGCUCUGUGCCCUUCCCCUGAAAUAUUGAAAAUAAGGUAUUUACAUUUUCUCCCUGGUAUAGCAGGAUCUGGAACCAGGUAAUCACUGUUAUUGUAAGAAUAGUUGUUUUACAGGUGAGGGGAGACAUAAAACUCAAGAUAUUUUCCUUCUCUCUGCCAGAGACUAAAAUAUAUCCAUAUUUUUCAAUAUUACAUACUAAUGAAUAAAACAGAGAACAUUGAGCUUGUAGAAAUAUAUUACUAUUUGCACUUCUUGCCACUACAAAAAGAGGAACUACAUCAGAAUGGGGGAAAGCACAAAGCAGAGGAUGGUGCUUUUGGCAUUUUCAGUGCAAUGAUGGUAAAAGAACUUUAUGUCCCUGGUGGUGGCUCACUGCAGAUUUGGGUGACAAACACAGGUUUUGUAGCUGGUUAGAAAACUACUGAGUUACUAAUAGAAGCAACUUUACAUUUGUGGAUAGGUCAAGACUAUAGCCUCUCUUGUACUUUUCUUCCUAUUUUACUUUGUUGGUUAUAUAACGCCUGCCCUGUAAAGGUAACAAAAUUGAGUGUUAUGAACUAAACUAUCAACAAAUGUAGCUAUAUAGUAAUCAAGCCCUGUUUAAUUGCCGUCCUUGUAAUGUUUCUAGAAGGGCCUCUGUAAUCAUCAGUGACCCUAUAAAGAAUAAAUCCCAGCAAUGUAAAUAUAUAAAUUAUUAUAUAUUUAAUUCCAGUUGUUUAAAACACUAAAGGACAGUGGCUCCUGUGUAAAGUCUAAGUAAUUGGCAUUGUGCAGGGAAGCUCUGCCAUGCUUAGAAAAGGGAGAAUCUUCUCCAGGGCCCAGAGAAGCUGCAGCCAUUCUGCAUAGUUUGCAGAAGCUUCCCCUUACACUAAGGUUAGUUCAUGGACCCACUGGCUAUACCCUCCUUCAAUCCUAAUCUCCAUUUCUAUAGAGAGAACUGCCAUGCAGCCAUGACAUACAGGGCUUUCAGAUUCCUCCUGCACAGGGCCGGCUCUAACUUUUUUGCCGCCCCAAGCAGCAAAAGAAAGCGCCGCCCCGCCAUA